GUAAAAGUUUUCGCCUUUGAUUGGUUUUCUGUUUCCAACGUUCACGUGUAUUCGUGCACAACGGGGGGAGCUGUUGUUGAUUUUUGGUAGUCCCGCAAUGUCUGCAUUGGAGUGGUAUGCUCAUAAGGCUUAUGGAGACGGAAUUUACUGGAUCCAGGAGCGAUUUUAUGAAUCUGGAAACCGUGCUAACAUUUGGUUUGUGCGUGGAUCGCAUCAAGAUCUGGUGAUCGACACUGGGUUGGGUUUGCGCAGUCUGCCUGAAUACUUGCAUUCAGCAGGGCUCUUGGAAAAUGAGUCCAGUGGUGGUCGUAGUAAGCCUUUACUUGCCGUGGCCACCCAUGUUCAUUUCGACCAUUCUGGUGGACUUCACCAGUUCGAUCAGGUGGCAGUGCAUCGCGACGAAGUGGAUGCAAUUGCGAGGGGAGAUAAUUUUGAGACUGUAACCUGGUUGUCCGACAGCGAGAUCGUCCGGUCUCCCACCCCUGGAUGGAGAGCCAGUAAUUUUAGAGUGCAGGCUGUGCAGCCCACCCACAUUUUGCAAGAAGGUGAUGUCUUGAGUCUUGGGGACAGACAGCUAACUGUCAUGCAUAUGCCUGGCCAUUCAAGAGGAAGCAUCUGUUUACUUGAUCGGGAUAAAAAAAUACUGUUCAGUGGGGAUACGGUGUAUGAUGGAUCAAUGAUUGAUUGGCUUCCAUAUAGCAACAUUGGGGACUAUGUAGGGACAUGUGAGCGCCUUAUAGAAUUAGUGGAUCGUGGCCUUGUGGAGAAGGUGCUUCCUGGGCACUUUAGCACAUUUGGAGCAGAAAGGCUGUACAGGUUGGCGUCCAAUUACAUUUCCAAUUCUGGGGUUUGCCACAGAAUGUCUACAUGUGCUAUAAGGUCCUUUGCCAGUUUAGUUCUUCAUGCCACAAAUUCUAGGGGUACCACGUCCUGAUAUCCGUUUCCUGAUACUGUCAAUCAUCUUGAUCUCAAUCAACAGCAUUGAUUUUGCUUGUAAAAAUGUACGUGUUUACAGAGUACCGCUGUGCUGGCGCAUAUAUUGAUGGUGUGUGUGUCUGUGGAAGCAAGCUUUUCCAUUGUGUUAUGGAAGAAAUAAUCGUACAACAAAUGAACUGUUGUAUUCUUACGUAUAUUCAAUAUGUAUACCCAUUGCCUUCUCAUUGAUAACAUUAAAACAUAGUUAACUUGGCUUGGCAGAGGAAAUGAAGAUCUCUUCCACAACCAUUGUUUAUUCAUAGUAACAAUGUAGCUUGUUUUUGCUAUUGUUAUGCUUCGUAGCAAUGAACUAGAAGGUAAGUCACAGUGACUAAGACUUGGUUUAGAACAGUGUAAAUGAGGGUUGCCAUUUUAAUGGUUACUUACUGUAAGAUGAAAUUCUAGUGUGAGCAAACCUAGUGAGGCAAGGUAUGGAACCAAAAAUUACAUUUUUAAUCAAUAAAAAAUUGCACUAUUAAAAUGAUGUUAUUUCAGAAUUAAAAUGUCCACAAACAAAACUCUGUUAAAAGUAGUAAAAAAAAAUAUAGAUACUCCAUUGGCAAAGUUAUGAACAUACUUGGGUAAGGCGGUUGCUUAUGUGGCCUUUUAAGUGUUUGGGAAAGAGUUACAUAUUUUGAAAAACAGUAAGACUUCUCCAGUCCUUGUACAUUGAAAUUGUGCUUUAGCCAAGUUAUCUGAAAAAGAAGCCUAAGGGAUGUAUAUUGACAAAUGUCCAGUCUAAUGCACUAUACUACUAGUAAGGAUAAUUUGGGUACUUGAAGUCAGAGGUAAAGUACGUUAGUAAGAGUCACAGACAGUGAAUAAUUUCAGUUAUGAAUUGUCUUAGAGAACAUACCCACUGGACUGCUGCUUUUAUUGUAGUAUUCCAUAUUUGCAGUAAAAUGUUGGGAGAUUUAACAACAUAGUAUUCACACACUGUCUUUGCUGCAGCAUAAACCCUAACAGAAAGUCAGAAUGGAUUUAUUUCAAAUUCCAACAUGGAGGGGGGCAUGUUAAGAAAUGUGAGUAACAUGUACACCUAACAUCAUAUAAAAUGAGUAACCGUGCUGCGGUGCUUCUGAAGUGGAGCUGGGUAAAUCACAAUCCAGGUUUCGGAUGAAGCAGCUGCUUUGUAGUUUCAAAAAGCAGGUUAGUGGUAAAGAGUGCAGUAAAAGGAAUAAAGUUAUUUUGCCUCUCCUUCUAAUGUAUCUUUUUUUCAUAUUUAGUCCUAAUUUUUGAGUGCUUGUAAGAACUCUGGCAUGAUGGUGGGAUCAUUAAAACUGACAUGUGCAUGGAGAGUGGGGCACCCUUACCCAGUGCACAUUGUCAUUGUAUCUCUUUUCUGAAGAAUGUACUUAUUAUUGUAAACUUGGUUGUACACAAACUUUAAGUUGCUGUUUUCACAUUUCUUGAAGGAUGAGAUAUACAGUUGUUCUAUCCAUUAACUGAAUUCAGUUGUAUACUAUAGUAAAAAUUAUUGCAUAUGUUUAGAUGAAAAUUGCAUUCUGAUUUAAUUUGUAUUUACAGUUUGGCCUUGCUGCUGUUAAGAUAUAAUACUAGCUACUGUUUAAAAGAUGUACUGUAUAAGCUCCUGAAAUAUAUCAGAAAUUAUAUGGAACUUUUACCGCUAUCAGUUAUGAUAAAAACUUAUGUUUGCCAUUAUUGUUUAAAGAAAAUAUGAAUGUGCACUGUAUUUAUAUUAAAGUAUUUUAAAGGAUUGUAAAAUAUUGCACUGUAAACAAAUAGCUGAUUUUUAUUGUUGAAAGACUUUAGUAUAUUUCUAAUUUAUCUUUAAAGUGUAUCUUGUGGUACAAAGCAUUACAUCUGCAUUUGAAUAAAAAUAUUUAGCCUUGUU